GGAAGGUAUGUAACUAACUACCUAGAACUCAGUACUCAGUACUCUCUCAAGUGCUUGCUACAUGUAGGGAGUAGACUCGUUUGUUCAAGUUGAGCUUACCUUUUCUUCAUGUAUGUCAAUGGCAACCUGUCUUCCGAAUAUGAUGCCCACCUAACUACCUACAACUUACAUGGCAAUUAUUUGAUAAACACAUCAAUAAAGGGAUCCUUGCAAAAUUGAAAGGGUGUCAGGGUCAGGGAAUCUCUUUUUCUCUCUUACAUACAUAUUUACAAACGCCGGUAGGCUCGUUACCGAUUGAGGGGUAAUUAGGUAUUACCACUACGAUAUAUACCUUCCUCCUACCAUCUCAAACUCCCACCACCAAACGCACGCCAGACAAAUCGUUCAUACCUACAUAUACUCCGUACAUAGAUAUAUUCAUUGCUCCACACCAUGGCGACCGAAGACAGCAAGCGCCGCGCCGAGGCACUGAUCCCCAAGUUCCAAUUCGAGCGUAUCCUAAACCAAGACGGUGCAGGACGAAACAUCACGCUGUACGGGCAAGUUGACUCGCAGCCCGCGCUUCUACUACUCGAACGAGCACCGAUCCCCGACGCCGACGAGUACCUGUCCGUGCUACCGUCGAGUCUACGCAGCAUCACGAACCUGAGCAACAACGACAUCUACUCCUGGUCUCUGGGGUCGGGCGGCCCGAUCCUCGCCAACGACGAGAACGACAAGUACGCCGACUUCAAAAUCUCCAUGAUCUAUCCUUGUACGGAGACACAUAUCAAGAAGCAUAGUAAGCAAGGAUAUCGAGUGGUGGUAGAGACGCCGGAGAUCUAUCGAGACAAGGUGCGGCCUCUGAUGCAGGCGUACCGAGAGGAAGGCCGCUUGAACUGGAUCUACAAUAUCAUUGAAGGACGGAAAGAGGUAGAAGAUGUCAUUUAUAGAACGCCACUAGGACGCGAUGGGGACGAGGGUUUCCUAAUGCUACCGAACCUGCACUGGGACAGAAAGACCAUCGAAGCGUUGUACCUACUUGCUAUAGUCGAACGACGCGAUAUCUGGAGCCUAAGAGAUUUGAAAAAGAAACAUGUCCCUUGGCUGAAACAUAUGCGAGCCAAAUUGGUCGACGCCACGGUCGAAGCCUAUCCGCAGAUCGAUACGGAUCAACUGAAAUUAUUCUGCCAUUAUCAUCCAACCUACUAUCAUUUCCACGUCCACGUGGUACACGUGAUGCUAGAUGCGACUGCGACCCAAUCGGUUGGGAAGGCUAUCGGGCUGGAGGCUAUCAUAGAACAGCUGGAAUCGAUGUCCGGGGACGAUGAGACAGGCAUGGAUAGUGUUUCGCUAAGUUGCACGGUGGGAGAGGCGUCGGAUUUGUGGACGAAAGUUUUUGAACCACUCAAGAGCUCUGGUAGAGCUUCUCAAUCGCAAUGACCAAAUCGUUGGGAGCGGCCCCGCUAGGACAGUCCGACCACUCACCACCAUCUCUAAUACAGUAUACUUCGUUAUUUAGUCUGACCGUGCAGCUCUUCGUAACGCUCGCGUCGGCAGUUCUUCGCACGCUCUCCCUCAACAUCGCCAUGCCAAAAGCACCGUCGUCCUUCGCGGCGCAGUCGUUGAGCUUUUCAAAAUCGAUAGCGUGUUCCAAAGCGCAGUCCUCGACCAGCUCCCGUUGAGGGAUAAGCUUGUACUCCCUGGUUAAGCACAUGGUAAAGCCGAGGUAGAUUUUGGGAUCUGGGUAUAGAUGGUGCGCGCAUAAUUCGAGAAUAUUUCCCAUACAUUCACCCGGGCCAUGUUUGCAGCUGACGCCGUCGUUCUCGGUAGGCGUACCGAUGUAAGAUAAUGUGAAGUCAACCUUGUCGCUGACGCGCAUCAUGGCCGGGAGAACCAUUUCCUUGAGACAAUCCUUAGCAUCGGGGCAUUUGCUCAUAAUGUGCGCCUCGAGCGGGACAAGUGCUUGAGCUACUGGGACAGCAUCGUCGCUUUUUAU